AUGGCGUCGGUUCUCAGACCAAUGGCGGUGCGCAUCGCACUGCCCAGACCCAUGACGCUUGCCCGCCCAGUGACCAACACGAUACGCCUCAGGACGCAGCCUCCCAAACAAGGUCGCCGCACCUUUGUCGCGACGACGGCCCUGCUCUCCCAAAAGAAGCCCGCGCCCUACUCGAAGCUGUGGGACAGCGCGGACCACGCCGUAGCUGAUGUCAAGAGCGGCGCCACCAUUCUCAGCGCCGGCUUUGGCCUUUGCGGCGUUGCUGAAACACUCGUCGAAGCGCUCCAUCGAAGAGGCAAAGACUCGCUGCACUCUCUCGCCGCCGUCUCCAACAAUGCCGGUAUCGAAGGCAAGGGCGGCCUGUCGCUGCUCAUUGGCAGCGGCCAGGUCAAGAAACUGACCCUGUCCUAUCUCGGAAACAACAAGACAUUAGAAAAGGGUUAUCUGAACGGUGACAUUGCGGUCGAGCUGUGCCCGCAAGGCUCGCUGGCAGAGCGCAUCAGGGCCGCCGGCGCCGGCAUCCCGGCCUUUUUCACCCCCACCGGUGCCCACACCCUUGUCCAGGACGGGGAGAUACCGGUUCGGCUUGGUCCCGGAGGCAAGACGCUCGAGCGUGGCACCAAGCGCGAGACGCGCGACUUUGGCGGCAAGACGUUUCUCAUGGAGACUUCGCUUCCCGGCGACGUGGCCAUUCUGCGCGCCUACAAGGCCGACAAGGCUGGCAACUGCGUCUUUCGCUACACCACGAAAGCCUACGGCGUGCUCAUGGCCAAGGCCGCCAAGGUGACCAUUGUCGAAGCCGAGAAUAUCGUCGAGAUUGGCGCGAUCGACCCCGACGAUGUGGACCUCCCGGGCAUCUAUGUCGACCGCGUCGUGCCCGCGACGGCCGAGAAGAAGAUUGAGAUUCUCACGAUCCGCGAGCCCGAGACGGAGGACACGGCCGGGGCCAGCAAGAAGAGCGACCACCAGAUCCGACGCGAGCGCAUUGGCAAGCGCGCGUCGCAGGAGCUGCAAGAGGGCUUCUACGUCAACCUCGGCGUGGGUAUUCCCACGCUCGCGGCCAACUACAUCCCCGACGGACGCACCGUCUGGCUGCAGAGUGAAAACGGCAUGCUCGGGAUGGGGGCCUACCCCACGAAAGACGAAGUCGACGGUGACAUUGUGAAUGCUGGCAAGGAAACCGUCACCAUGGUGCCUGGCGCCUCGUGCUUUGACUCUGCCGAGUCGUUUGGCAUGAUCCGAGGCGGCCACGUUGACGUUUCGAUUCUCGGCGCUCUGCAGGUCAGCGCCACGGGCGACCUCGCCAACUACAUGAUUCCCGGCAAGAUCUUCAAGGGCAUGGGCGGCGCCAUGGACCUCGUCGCCAACCCGGACAAUACCAAGAUUGUCGUCGCGACCGAGCACGUGGCCAAGGACGGGUCGCCCAAGAUUGUGCAGGACUGCAGUCUGCCGCUGACGGGUGCGCGCUGCGUCAGCACCAUUAUUACCGAACUUUGCGUAUUCCAGGUAGACCGCAAGGCCGGCGGGCUUACACUAACAGAGCUGGCGCCGGGUGUGACGGUGGAUGAGAUUAAGAGCAAGACGGACGCUACGUUUACUGUGUCGAAGAGCUUGAAGGAGAUGGAAUAA